AUGCGAUCUCCGGGUGAUCUCAAGCGUUCACAUCCGUUUGUGAAAGGCUCCGACUCGAACGGCUUGUCCAAGCAACCCGAGGUUGAAGCGUAUGAAUACAUUCCUACAGAUGGAGGAGAGUCGCGGAGCCCAGAUCUCGCGGCGUACGGGUAUUCCAGCGUCAAUGUGCACAAUUCACUUGGCAUCCUACAGAAACUAGAGAACCUGGAAGUCGGCGGAGCGCGCAAACCAUCACCACGCAAGCAGAGGAAAAUCUCCCUCUGUCAGCCAGCCCUUGACAUCUACAGCGCCGUCCUCAGACAAUUGCCCUGUCCAUCUUGCGUCAGGGACCUCGUCGCCAUCUUCUUCGACGAGGUGAAUUGGCAGUACACAAUCCUGGACAGGAACUAUUUCAUUCCCAGACUAGAGCAAUACUAUCAGCAACACCCUCUGCAGCCCGCGAGUCCUCGAGCCGACACGACCGUCUCCUCCGAGAAACUUAUAUUUUCAGCCCUUGUUUUUCAGGUCCUAGUGUACGCCUUACAGUUCAUUCCAGCAAGGCGUUCUGAAAACCUGCAUCCUCCGUGCCUGAAGGGCAUUGCUGAGGAUGGAAAUGGCCUUUCAGAAGAUGCGACAAUGCGCCUAUUGAGCCUGCUGCCCAAGGACGUCAUCAACUUGGAUUACAUCGCAGCGCAGAUUCUGCGUACCGCUUGGCUGAAGAACCGUGGCCUGAUAGCCGAGGCAUGGCUCGUCCUUGCCCAAGCCGCUAUUAACGCACAGGAGAUAGGCCUCCAUCGCGAUGAUGGCAAACUGUACGCCGAUGAUGCCGAGAGUGCCAUUGAAGAACUGUGGGAGGUAGUAUUGCGCCGGCGACUUAUGUUGAACCUCUACCUUUGGGAUAGCCAAAUGGGCAUGGUGCUGGGCAAGCCCCUGAAUUUCAAGUCUGACGGUUACACGAUCAUCCCGCCUACGGACUGUGAGAUCCCAAGAAACCGCACAUCCACAGCACCCUUCCAGAGGACUGAAUACGACAAGCCCAAUACAUUCACGGUGCGAUUGCUCGAGUACCACAUCCACAAAUACCUCCCGCAAGUCAGAGAGCUGGAAGCGCAAGGUCCUUAUCCACGCGAUUACGGCAAGGUGGUGCGCUUACAUCAGAUAGCCCUCGACUACAUCGCCUCCAUUCCCCCAAUCUAUCGUUUCGAGAACCCAGACAGGUCCUACGACGCAGAGUGUCCACAGUUGGCAUCGCAACGCGAAUUCCUGUGUGCAACUGUAUGGCUGUUUGUCCUGAUGCUUCACAGACCCUACAUCUUCUCCCUCGCCAAAAGUCGGACCGAGAUCCUAAAGGCUGGGAUCGAAAUGCUGAAUGCCCAGCAAAGAUUCUUCCUGACCUUGGAACAGCACCACUACAGGAUGUUCACGCUCGCUUACCUAACCGUCGAACCCUGUGUGUCGAUGCUGGCGGUUCUGAUUGCAUUUCCGAGUGAAAAUGUCGAUCUGGUGACCGAGGCGUUCCGCUGUAUCAAAGAAUCCCUCUCCAGAGUGAACAAGAUUCGACGCGCAAAUAGAGUAGCUGGACAAGGCGCCGAUGUCAUUCACAACCUCGUCUUACGGGCAGAGAAGAAUCGUCCAUCACCGUCGCUGGGUUCCAAACCUAGCAACUCAUCCUCGGAGGGACGGUCGUCCGAAGUGCUCAUGACGCCCAGUUCCCACGGUGCAGGGCCAUUUUAUCCGAUGGCGGAUCAACCCCCGUUAUUCGCCAAUAACCCCGUUUUCGCAGAGAUGCCUGCUUGGAACACGCACUUUCAGCAGACAUCGUCAUCAGUUCCCCUACCAGUCAACUCGGAAUACACAUUCGACGAUACCCCUUUCCGACCAGUCGCGGACCUAACGUACAAUGAUGUAGCACUCGCGAUGUCGGAAGAAGGGUUCAGCGCCGAGAGUGGAUCUGAGCGCUUGUCCAACGAGAUGCCGCAACAGUUCCGGGGCGAGUUUGGCGAGGGCUCCUUUUGGAAUUUCGUCAACAGAGCGUCUGGGGUAUGA